ACUUUGACACCAAAAGUUUUCAGUGCUGUGCCACACCAAGGACUUAUAGAAACAAUGAGAAAAGGUUUUGAUUGUCUCUCCAUUCUUUUUUCAUUAUUUGAUAUUUUAUUUUGAAAUGAAGACCUGUGCAAGAAAUGAAUAAAAGGGAACAACUUUCAGCAAAGAUGAUGCAGAACAUGUUUCAGGAGGGGUUGUACCAGGUGUUUUUCAAGGAGACUCCUCCAGCCAGCCCCUCCACUGAGACCAGUAACACCAAUAAUGAGAACCUAACAAAUGUUAGGAUUCAUCGUUGGUUUGGGACUGUGGUAAACACAAGACUUUUAGUCACUGGGGUGAUUCAGGUCCUCAGCGCCUUGGCUAGCAUUCUCACCACAGUGAGCCACGCGUGUGUGAGUUACGGCUGUUCUGUUGUCAUGGUAACUCCAGUCUGGUCAAGCUUGUCAUAUGCAGCUGCUGGGUGUCUGGCAGUGGAGGUUCAGAGGAAGGCUGGUAACAUAAAGAUCAUCAUUCUCAUGGCGCUGAACGUUUUCAGUCUGCUGUUUGGAUUUGCUGCUCUGCUGGCCAAUAGCCUCGCAUCUGUGGAAGCUACAGACCUGAGCUCAUACCAGCAGGCUGGUUCAAAUGUUGUAAAGGCAACCUACAUAGUGUUCACUUCCCUGUGUUUUCUGGGAACAUUCUACAUCCUGUUCCUGUGCUGGAGAGGCCUGCGCCGAUACAGUUCUCGCAAUGUUAAGGCCUACAUCCGCAUCUCACAGGAUCCAGAGGACACGAAUGGGCUUCUGACGGAACAAGAAGACCUGAAUCUGUAAAACUUAAUGUAAUGAAAUAUCUUUAAAUUCAUUUUAUGUGAUUGCUAUUUGUAAACUAAGUUAUUGUUGCACUAUAUUUUUCGUACCAUCUGGACAUAAAAACAAAGUUAAAUAGAUGUAGUAUACAACUCUUCUCUGGGAUUCUAGAAGAAAUCACAAGAACUUUAAGAUUCAAAGCAAAGUCAUCUCAAAUAAUAAACAGGUUAUGAAAUUAAA